UAUAUAUAUAUACACAUAAAGACUAGUUUUUAUUAUUAUUUGUCUUUUUUCUUUAUAUAUAUAUAUAUAUAUGUAUAUAUAUAUGUAUAUCAUGGCUACAUUAGAGAAAAAGAAAAACAAGCCAACUAUUGAACAUCAUGUAAAUCAUUGUGGAUAAUAUAAAAGAUUGACUUACAUGGUUUAGGAAGAGCCUUUAGUACAAGAUGACCACCUGACUGACGAUAAUUCAGUAUUAAAUGAUCUUGCUAAAGAACCGAUGGAAUACACCAACAUGUGUUGCUUAUCACCCAAAGUAGUUGAGUCAUUACAAUCAGUCAAACAUAUUUGCCUUGUUGUUUUGGACGCACUCUUAUUACAGAUUGUAAGAGACUUGCCUCGUAGUCCUCAUCAUGCACGACGCUUGUCUGAUCCUUCAUGUACCAAUUUACUCAGUUCCAUCACACACCAUACUAAUACCUUGCAUGAGUUUUCAUCCUCUUCUUCUACACUUAUGAUUCGUAGCCAAUCUUCACCCACACCUGCCAUCAUGUCUGAUAUACAUCGUAUCUUGGACUCUUCUCAUCAUACUCAUCAAGAUUAUACUUUAUGUUGUUCGUUAGCUGCAUUAUUAAAUGAUGUCUAUCGCUUACUCGAACUCAAUGCCACACAACAACAACAAGACAAGUUGCUUGAAUCCACCACGGAUGAUGUUGCUUCUCUUCAACAAGAACUCCAUGAUAAAGUAAGCACAUUUCAAAAAGACAGAGCUCAAGGUGUCAUGUCUAUUCUAGCCCAAGAAGCUAGUCAAGAAAUGAUCAUGCUUUGGGACGAAAUGGACCAUUUGAUGAACAUUGUUACUAAACUUGCUGUCCAACAAUGGGGGCCUCCUGCUUAUGACAAGAUCCCGAAAGAAAUACCGCCAGCGUACGAUACCAUUCAUCCCUGUCUUUCAGGCAAGCCAAAUGACCUGGAUCAACUGUUGAAUGCCAUGGACCGAUUAUCGCAUGCAGCGCCUCGACUGAACAAUCAACGGGUGUGUCUAUCUGAGUCUCAGGUAGAAGCAUUAGCGGCUGCAACACUUGGCAAGAACAUUGAGAGACUAUCAAGAGGUCGUAUGGAAGACCAACGUGCUUCUUUGCCGCUCAAGACGCGACAUCAAGUACUGCAAGAUCUGGUGCAUCAAGUCCAGAAAUCUGCUUCAAGAUCACUGGACAAUCAACGCGUGAGUCUGAAUGUUCAGACACAGAAAGAAAUGGAGUUUGCUUCACUCUGCGGUUUAGUGAAUCGUUUAGAAAAGACUAGAUACACAGACCAGGAAUGGAUAUCGCGUGAAGAAAGACUGGUCCAUGACCUAUUGCAUACGACUGACUUGCUGGCCAAGUCGCUUGACCGUCCUGCCUACCAAAGACAGCGAUUUAGUAUGUCUGCUAUCAAAAAACAUCACUUGUUUAUGUCUGGUCUGUUGAACAAGGUAGAAAAACUUGAAGGACAUCGACUUGUGGAUCAAGAUGCUGAGUUUUCAAACAAAAACACAAGCCAGGACAGAGAAGACUUGUAUCGCUUACUCAACCGUAUCUAUCAAUCAACAAAACCUCAAUUGGAUAACCAAAGAGCUAGUUUUACAGUUUAAAUAGU